AAUCGUCUAAAAGAAAUUGAACACAAUCUCUCUAAAAUAAUGAGACUUGACAAUGAAAUUAAAGCCUUGGAUAGCCGAAAGAAGCAAAUGGAGAAGGAUAAUAGUGAACUAGAACAGAAAAUGGAAAAGGUUUUUCAAGGAACUGAUGAGCAACUAAAUGACUUAUAUCACAAUCACCAGAGAACAGUAAGAGAUAAAGAAAGGAGAUUGGUAGACUGUCAGCGUGAAUUGGAAAAAUUAAAUAAAGAAUCUAGGCUUCUCAAUCAAGAAAAAUCAGAGCUACUUAUUGAACAGGGUCGCCUACAGCUACAAGCAGAUCGCCAUCAGGAACAUAUCCGAGCUAGAGAUUCGUCAAUUCAGUCAUUGGCAACACAGCUAGAAUUGGAUGGCUUUGAGCGUGGACCAUUCAAUGAAAGACAAAUUAAAAAUUUUCACAGACUUGUGAGAGAGAGACAAGAAAGGGAGACAGAAACUGCCAAGCAGCUGAUGAAUGACUUUGCAGAAAAAGAGAAUCUGAAACAAAAACAAAUAGAGGAGAUAAGGGAUAAGAAAACUGGACUGGGAAGAAUAAUUGAGCUAAAGUCGGAAAUCCUAAGUAAGAAGGAGCAUGAGCUGAAAAAUGUGAAGUAUGAAUUACAGCAGUUGGAAGGAUCUUCAGACAGGAUUCUUGAACUGGACCAGGAGCUCACAAAAGCUGAACGUGAGCUAAGGAAGGCCGAGAAAGACAGCAAUGUAGAAACCCUAAAAACAGAAGUUAUAAGCCUUCAAAAUGAGAAAGUGGACCUAGAUAGGACCCUGCGUAAAUUGGACCAGGAGAUGGAGCAGUUAAACCAUCACGCAACAACACGGACCCAGAUGGAGAUGCUGACCAAAGACAAAGCAAAGGAAGAGGAGCAAUGUUUUGUUAUACCAAACCCUCGUAACGAUUUGUUGACAGAAUUUGUCUUAUAUAUGCCUACUCAAACUUUUCAAACUCUUUUCUCAUGUUUUAAAAUUAUAAUCCACGUUUUUUCUUAUUUUAGCAAGGAGCUAGCUUCAGCUGAGCAAAAUAAAAAUCAUAUAAAUAAUGAGCUAAAAAGAAAAGAAGAGCAAUUGUCCAGUUAUGAAGACAAGCUGUUUGAUGUUUGUGGUAGCCAGGACUUUGAAAGUGAUUUAGACAGGCUUAAAGAAGAAAUUGAAAAAUCCUCAAAACAGCGAGAGCCAGAGUACUAA